AACCAGCCCAGCCUUUGAACUUCACCGCUUUUGGCUCGUAUUCACGCUCUUCCGCUCAUUUCCAAGCCAGGUGCUUGACGACGAACCUCACAGAGGGAGAGAGAGAAAAAAAAAGAAGUUGCGAUAGAGGGGAGAGCGGGGGGAAAAGUAUAUAUUAUUAUUACUAAUAACAAUCUUAAGGCUGGACACUUUUUUAUUAUUAUUAUUUUAUGACUCCUGCAAACCGAAGGCGGAACUCUGCUUUUACCUUUGUGGAUUUUUAACGUGUGCGCAUCUUGCAUGCACGUUGUUUUCUCUUUCUCUUUCUUUUGCCGCAGAUCUGACAGAGUUUUGAGCGGACUGCAGAGAUCGCGCUUCAGCGUUUCACCUCUGGAAGAACCGAUCGGGCGCUGGAUCUUUCUUCUACUUUUUUUUUUUUUUUUUUUUUCUUCGCCUCGUUUUUAUUAUUAUAUUUUUUCCCGUCACCCAAGACGCUGAACAUCCUGGCAUGACCGCUACCUGGCAAUUACGCAGGUGAAUAUCUUCCCUAAUUCCUUUCCGAUAAGAACUUUUCCUUGUCAUUACCGCUGGGGAUAAAAAAAAGAAGAAAGAAAAAGAGAAAAACAGAGAAAGAAGUGAAGUGUAAAGAUGUCGAAGCCCGCCGAUCACAUCAAGAGACCCAUGAACGCGUUCAUGGUGUGGUCCCGGGGCCAGCGGAGGAAAAUGGCUCAGGAGAACCCCAAGAUGCACAACUCCGAGAUCAGCAAGAGGCUGGGCGCCGAGUGGAAGCUGCUGUCCGAGUCCGAGAAGAGACCGUACAUCGACGAGGCCAAGAGGCUGCGGGCGCAGCACAUGAAGGAACACCCCGACUACAAGUACCGACCCAGGCGCAAGCCCAAGAACCUGCUGAAGAAGGACCGCUACGUCUUCCCGCUGCCUUACCUCGGGGACACCGACCACUUGAAGGGACUGCCCGUGUCGGCCGCCGACUCCCUCCUGGGCUCCUCGGAGAAAGCCCGGGCGUUCCUGCCCCCGACCUCCGCCCCUUACUCCUUCCUCGACCCGACCCAGUUCAGCUCCAGCGCCAUCCAGAAGAUGACCCAGGAGAUGCCCCACACGUUGAGCACCAGCACUUUGCCCUACGCCUCCUCGCUGGGAUACCAGAACGGCGCGUUCGGCACCCUCGGGUGCCCCAGCCAGCACACCCACACCCACCCGUCGCCCACGAACCCGGGCUACGUCGUGCCGUGCAACUGCACGGCCUGGUCGACGUCCAGUUUACAGCCCCCGGUGGCUUACAUACUGUUUCCAGGUAUGACCAAGACUGGGAUAGACCCCUACUCAUCCGCACACGCCACCGCCAUGUAAACCUCAAGACUCUUCUCCCCCACCAACCCACUCCCCCCCCCACACACACACACCCCACACUCACACAACCCAUGUUUUUAAUGUCAUUUGAAUACAGAAAUGCAUGUAAAUAUGUUACGGACAGCGCGGCCAGUUAAAAAACACAAAGGAACGAACAGUGUUAUCUGAAGGGGACUGAGGGGGAAAUGAGGGGAAAAAGACGAAAAACUUAACAAAAAAAAUAAAUAAUUAAAUCCAACAAGUUCCCGUCCGGUCAGAGGAGCUGGAGUUGGAUGUGAAGGACGGAGCGCAGUGAACUGUAAGAAAUGUAAAUGUUAUAACGUUUAUGGCAACCAGAAAGGGAGGCCUUUAACUUUAUUUAUUAUGUACAUUUCAAUGAUAUGCUGAUUUGUGUUGAUGAUUCUGAUAUAGGCUACUACUUUUUUUUUAAAGGACAAAAAAUUGGCUGGCACAAUUAGAGAUCAAAUACCUGUAUAGGCCUAAAUAGACAACUUUUUUUUUUAAAUCUUUUCUCUUUUUUUUUUCCUUUUUUUUUUUUUUUUGCAAAUUUAGAACGAGUCCAGACUCAUAGGCUGCUUUUUAUACAGGUUUUAUUAUUUAUAUUUAAUAAAAAAAUAAUUUAAAAAAAGGAAACAUAAAAGUAGACGGUCUAAUUUAACAUGACAAAACAGGAGGAGGAAUCAAAAUGUUUAUUUUUUUAUUUUAUUUUAUUUACAUUCUCCACGUGGUUCUGUGCUAAUAUGGUCCCAAACAUAAUUUCAUUUGAGUUUUUUUUUUAUUGUUUUAGGUCUUUUUUUUUCUUCUUUUUUCAUUUUAAAGAUAUCUUCUAAUUGAAUUCAAGGAGUUCUAUGUGUAUUUUCUAUCUGAGAUGGUCAUUUAAAAGCUGUCAUGUUAUGGAAAGGAUCCUGUAUCUGGAAGGAUGAUUCCUCCGGCUCUUUGUUCAAGUGCUGAGCAAAGACUUUUUGAAUAAAGACAAUCUGUCUUCAACCAGG